GGGUUCAGGAGCUGAGGUGACGUGUCUUGUAUGGGACCUAGGGGCGUUUGGCACGCCGAAGACACGUGGCAUCAUACCAAUGCUCAAAGGGUCCCUGAUACCGAAGACACAUGUCAAGAUAGAGGAGGUUCCCGAGAGAGAUUCAUGCCGAGGACACGCAUCAGAUGUAGAGAAUUCUGAGAGAGAAACAUGUCGAGGACACGUGCCAGAUGUGGAAGGCGCCGAGGGAGAUAUGCGCCGAGAACACGUGUCACUCUCAUGGGUUUUCGAGGGGAACCAACGCCAAGGUCACCUGACAGUUUGCAGUGUAUCCACGUCAGCCAUGCCGAGGACACAUGUCGGCUCACUAUUGAUUCCCAUAAACGUCCCAUCAGCUAUGAUUCUCGGGAAUGAAACUAGCUUUAAACAUAAGUACAUAACCCUUUGA